UCUAACGACUUUCAGUUAAUAGAAGUGUAUUGUCUUACACGAUCACCUGUAUAAAUAGAAAUUGGAUCUCUCCCCAAAAUGAAAUAUCACGAACAUAAAUCUUCAAUUCUUUUCGUUUUUCCAUAUCCCUCUACCUUUCAGGAUCUACUUCCUCUUACUUUUCAUUUGAUCAUCAUUAUUCCUUAUAUUUGUAUUUGGAUUUUAGAUGUUUGUUGAAUUUUUUUUAAAAAAUAUUUGUUUAAUUCGUGUUCUUUAAUUAUUUUUGUACUUCAUUUGAUGAUUUCGAUUUGCUAAUUACUAAUCGCUGAUUGCGAAUUGCUAAUUGCGAAUUGCCAUUGUAGUUGUGGAUUGCGAAACUGAAUUCUUAUUCUGCGAUUGUUUCUAUGUGUUGCUUCCAAUUUUUGUUUUUGAAUUGUUUUUCCUGAUGAAAUGAUGAUCCUCCAUGGUCUGGAUCACUAAUUGUUCAGGACUUUUCCUAUGGCUGCCUUACCCGUUGUUAAGAAAAUUCUGGACCUUUUGACCUUUCUUUGUGGGUUGCCUAGUGAUACCGAGAGCAAAAGAAUACUCAAGGGUAAAAUUGAAUGUCUAAGUGCCAGAAUAGAUGACUCGGAGAACAUUGAAAGAGCAUCUUGUCUUGUUGGAGGUCAAGGAACCAAGAAGAGAAAAAGAGAUGAUGGUGAUGAUCUUUCAAUUUGGAGAGAUGAAGGUAAGACCCUUUUAGGGAUAGCCCAAAGCUUGUUGACGCAGUUAGAUGAAGGUGGAAGCUUCUUGUUCCGUGCAAAGAAGAGAAAGGAUGCGAACAAUUUGAUGGGGAAACUUGCACUCUAUGAGAAAAAGAGUGAUGUUCUCUAUACUCGAUCCUUAUGUGAUACACCGGGCCCAAACCACGGUUAUUACAUACCGGUGAAGGCGCUAAUAGGUCAAGCAACUUUGAAUGCUUUGACGGUACUUAAGCAUCUAUUGCAGGCAGAUAGUGUCCAACGGGUCGCUAUUCGUGGAGAAUUAGGGAUUGGUAAGACCUUUAUGAUGAAACACUUGCAUAAUGCUGCGUUGAAAUGGGUUGAGAAGUUUGAUUAUGUGUUCUGGGUUACCUCCCCUGCUGAUUUUACUAUCAAGCAUAUGCAAGAUGCUAUUGCUGCUGUGUUAAAGUGUGAUUUUGCUAGUGAUGAUGAUUUGAAUUCAAGGGCUACAAUACUCUCUAACACAUUUGCAGCCCUCGGUAGUUGUGUGCUUUUCUUAGAUGGUGUUCCAGAUGGAGAUUUAUCUUUAGCUCAAAUAGGAAUUCCCAUUCUUGCAGAUGGGAGUGAGUGCAAGCUGGUAGUGACAACUAGCUCUGCCUUGGGUUCCAGAGUGUUGAAUGGUUUUGUAACUGUUGAACUUAAUCGUCUCUCAGAAGAAGAUGCGUUAAAACUGUUCAUGCAUGAAGCAAAUAUUGGCCCAAGUUCUGUUACCUUGCUUAGGAACAUUCCUUGUUUGCUAGCUCGCAAGUGUUGCGGGAUACCAUGCUUGAUUGUCGACAUAGCAUCUCGCAUGUAUGGAAUUGAUGACCUCCAUGAAUGGAACAAUGCACUGUUUGAAAUAGAGAAUAUUGAAGCAAAUUCCCAUGUCAGAAUCCAUGAACGAGCUGAGGUGUGAAAGUUAGGAAAAUUGUAAUCAUCAGCUCCUCCGCCUAUAUCUAAUGAGUGAGACAAUAUUUUGUUGUCUUAACUCUUAUGGUGAUUAUGGUCUAUGUUCUUUUCAACUUCUAAGUUUAAGGUUCGCCAAAAUAAUUUUAGGUGAAAUAAGUUCAAUCACUAGAAACCACUUUAUCAUGUAGAAUAUGGGUGAUAGCAAUCAUAAGUUGAGUCGUAGAAAUGCAUUUAGUUUAGCUGUAUUAAGUGAAGUUCAGGAAAGUAAGUUAAAAGUAAUUAAGAGCAGUCGGGUUCAAGGUAUAAGUUGACUUUUGAGCAAAAAUAAGUCAGAAGGUAGAUCAUAAUUAGUUAGCUGCAAUAGUUAUGUCGAGGAAAAUAAGUUAAAUGGAACAAAAUACGAGUUUAAUUAGGAGGAAAUAAAGUAGUUCAACUAUUGCAAGUUUGGUUUUAAUUCUAAUUUAGUUUACCUGAGCAAGAAUAAGUUGAAAAAAAAAGAACGGACCUUUGUUGUAUGUUACUCUGUUAAUUGUUUCAUCUUCUAAGAGUAUCGGUGCAUUGUCUGGAGUUUGUGUAAUCAGAAUACAAAGUGCUUGGUGUGGAAAGAAUGACUUGAUUUCUGAAAUUAUAAUAUUCGAUAGUUUGCAAUUCGGCUGUCAAAGAGGAAAAAACGACACUUGGUGAAUUAGAUCUUCAUGAUAAAUUAAUGAAGCAUAUCUUCAUGAAACUCUUUGCCAACUUAUGUAAUGGAUGGAUAGUGGUAAUGACUAGAUUGCAUCUCAUGAUUGUGUUAUGAUUAUUUUCACUUUUCCCUGAGCUGUAUUGUUAUUCCUAUCAAUGAGAUGUUAUAGCUUUUUUUGGCAAAUACAUUAAUGAGAAGUAAUCAAAUUAUUUGCUUAUAGAAGUAUAUAAA